GGCUCCGCCGCUCCCCGCGGCCCCGCGACGAGUUUGCAAAGCGCCGCGCUGGCCCCGCCGCCUCCGCCCGCGCCGUCCCCCGCGGCGGCGGGCCGCCGUGCGCAGAGCGCCGCGGGAGCUGUAGUGCGGCCUGCGCGGCCGGGCGGCGGCGGGGCGGGGCGGGCGGACUACGGCUCCCGGGCGCGCGCGGGAGGGGGGGCGGCGCCGGGGGCGGAGCGGGGACAGCUCCGGUGCUGAUCGCGACGCGGGUUUGUCAGCAGAGCCCGGGCGGGCGGCGGCCGCGGCUGUUGGCGUGCGCGGGCGGGCGGCGGGCGGCAGCGGAGCGAGCGGCGGGCCGCGCCCGGCCAUGAGGCACGAAGCGCCCGUGCAGAUGGCAUCUGCUCAAGAUUCCAGAUAUGGCCAGAAAGAUACAUCUGACCAGAACUUUGAUUACAUGUUCAAACUUCUCAUUAUCGGCAACAGCAGUGUUGGGAAAACCUCCUUUUUAUUCCGAUAUGCUGAUGAUUCCUUUACAUCUGCAUUUGUAAGCACGGUUGGGAUUGAUUUCAAAGUAAAAACAGUUUUCAAAAAUGAAAAAAGAAUUAAGCUACAGAUAUGGGACACAGCAGGUCAGGAGAGAUACAGAACGAUUACCACGGCUUACUACCGGGGUGCAAUGGGCUUCAUUUUAAUGUAUGACAUCACGAAUGAAGACUCUUUCAAUGCUGUGCAGGACUGGUCAACCCAAAUUAAAACAUACUCUUGGGAUAAUGCCCAGGUUAUUUUGGUCGGUAACAAAUGUGACAUGGAGGAUGAACGAGUAAUCUUCACCGAGAGAGGCAAACAUUUAGCAGAGCAACUUGGAUUUGAGUUUUUUGAAACAAGUGCCAAGGACAACAUUAAUGUCAAGCAGACGUUUGAGCGACUUGUGGAUAUCAUCUGUGACAAAAUGUCGGAAAGUCUGGAGACGGAUCCCACCAUUGCUGCCAGCAAGCAGAACACACGGCUAAAGGACACCCCUCCUCCACAGCAGCCCAACUGUGGCUGUUAAUGCAGCUAUCAGCGACGGCAGCUCCAGUGUGUUCUGUUGCCAACAGAGUAUUUAUGAAUGGUCUAUAUGCCUUUAUUUAUACUGUCUUAUUAAUUCAUUUGGGAGAAAAGUCUUUUAUUUUACAGCUGGUCGAGUAUGCAUAUGGAGAUGGAGAGGUUAUUAGUCUGAAAGGACGAUCCAUUUUUUAGCAUCUGGCUUUUGCAUGCAGGAUGGCUAUUAGUUUCUCUUUUCUUUUUUGCUGUUUUACAUUACACUAACUUCAGCUGGUGCCAUGUCCUCAGACCACAUUUGCCUAGAAUUGACGCUUGCUUCAUCAGUUUCAAAUUACAUAGUUGAAUCCUUAGGGUAAUGGCCAAGGUGUUUUAGAAUAAGCUUUCAGAUGCCCCUUAUAUUUUCUCCUGAUUGAAAAUAAAUUUCAAAGUAUUCCUCUAGUGAGCCCAUCCCUCAUUCUGCCCAGAUCAUUUUUCUAAGGGACACUUCCUGGAUCAUAUUGCCUUGGAAAAUCUACACAUUAUGUUACGUAUCCUGGCUGAUUGGAAAAUGUGGAAGUUAGAAGUUCGUUCCUGGACCCAAAGCAACCAAAUUUCCCUGUGAGUUUCCAACUGGAUAAGAGUAUUCAGUGCAGACCAUCAGAGAUAUUAGGUACUUCAUCCUGUUUGGGUAGCUAGUGUGUUUACAUUUCCAUGGGAGUUGCACACCUAUCUAAUACUUUUCUGAAACUGAACUUAAAUUUCUUAUUCUAUCAUUAAGGAGAUCCCAGUAGUACCUACCCCAGUAAUGGAGGGUGGACUAGCUCUUUACGUUUCUACCUGCAUGAGAUAUUAAAUACACAGGUCUAUAUUACUCCUGACAGAAGCAAAUCCAUUAUGUUCAGUUGUUCAUGGCCAAAAACUCUCUUGUCAUGUUGCUGUCAAACCUCCAUAAGUUUUCAGGAACUUCACCUGUCAUUCAGUCACUGAGACAACCAUCAGAACACUGGCCUGUAUGUUACCCAGACCUAUUGCAGAAGUGGUGCCAGUGUCAGUGAACAGGAGUUUGGCCUCAUUUUUAAUUUGAUGAGAACAUCUAUUUGGAAAAGACAACCAGAAUUUCACAGAACUUUUAAAAACUUUAGGAGUAAUAAAAUAUUGUCAUCAUUUCUUGCGUUAGGCUGAAUACAUUCAUAAGAUCAGCAAAAGGCUGUGUAGAUAGCAGAAUAAAGUACACAGUCUUUUUUAAUAGUGUUAAAAAUUAUUCCUAUUUCACAGUUUUUGAAAGUAUUCCUCUAGUAAUUGUUGGCAGUUUCUUACAUCUGUGCCCUGGAGUACUUCAUAUAACGGCUUUACAUGCACCACAGUGACAUUUUUUAACUAAGUAACAUCAUUGAAUAAGUAUUAACUGUUUUAUUUUUACAAUUAGACAGAAUCUGGGACAAGGCUGACAUUUCUUAAACUGUAUGCAAUGGCAAAAAUUGGAAGACAAAGAAGGGAAGUAACACAAAGUACUGCCAACUGCUCACAACUGCAAAGAAAUCCCUCUACACACAACUUUUUUUGAAGGUCAUUUAUGUAACUCCUGAAACACACUAAGAGAAAAUGGUCACUUUUUUGGGUUGGGGUUUUUUUUUUUUCUGAUUAAAUAAUCUACAUACACUUUGACACAGUAAAAACUACUUUCAAACAAGGCAUAUUAGACGUGUACAAUGGAUAUGCCACAGGGUGUUACAUUGGCUGCCUAACUUAAAUGAAACAAUGUUCUUUCUUCAGUCUGGGCUUGUAAACCAUGUCUGUCCUGUUAACUAGUUUACUUAAGCACUUAUUUUCCUAGAAGACAUGGAGACUGGACUGCGCUUGUUUACUUCCAUGGAAAGAAAGCACUGUCCAUUUUGGGGCUGAUGAGCAGCCAAGUGGAAAAGUCAUGUGCUAUCCCAACCAUAACUCUGCCUUUCUCCGGGGAUGCUGCUUUUCUCUCCCCUGUCUAAGGCAGAAUGCUGAUAACUGUGCUGAGAGACUUUCAUUAAUACGUCUUCACCCAAUAGGUACCAGCUGCUUCAGAAAAAGAAGUUGUAAGAAGCUGAGGAAGCUUUGUUUGAGAUGGUAGGAAGUUUUCCAUCCUUUUCUUGUUAUGUGCAGUUAUUCCCGCAGUAGAAAAAGGAUCAGGGAAGCCUUGAGACAGCACACAGAUUCAACCCUCAAGUCCUUUAGGAAAGGUUUCGUUUGUGUUAUUAGUCUGAGCCGUCUCAGGCAAGGCGAGGAGAGAGGAGGAUGUAGUCACAUCUUACAUGAGCUUGGGCAUAUCCUGAAUCAUGCAGCAUGGCUAGAAGUGCAAGUAUUCUUCCAGCUUUGCUCUGGGAUGCUUGCUGCAAAAUGGUCACCUCCUGUGCACAGUGUAACAAGGAGAAAAGAUUCCAAGAUGCCCCUUGCGACAGCCACACCUUGCCUGCACUCUAUUGCAAUGAAUUGCAGACCCUCCUUGCCUCUUUAUGACCAUAUAGACUCUAAUCAGUGUUAGCAAUACUUUAUUAGCAUAUAUCUUUUUAAACAAACUGAGUGAUAGAUAAAUAGUUCUUUACUUACAUAGGAUUAAUUAAUUGCUUUUCAUUUUACAUCAAAAGUCUGGGCAGAAGAGCAACAGCAAAAACAAAGAGGGAGAAUCUCUCCUUUGAGUUUCUGAGGCCACUAACCUCCCAGGCCUCCAGCAUGUCUGACCUUCUGCAUGGGAUGGGGAGGAUGGGGAAAGCAGCUGCCUGAGGAAGGUUGCUCAUCACACUGCCAGCUGUGUGUGAAAAGGCUCGUCUGAAGUACAGCAGCAGAACUAGUCAGUAUUGAAAAACUCCUAGGACCUUUGUACUGACACUCAGAUAUUGUCACAGAGUUCAGAAUUAGUCAGUUUAAUUUUUAAGAUGUUCACAUCAAAUCCUUGGAGGUUUUCAAGAUCAGACUGGCUAAAGCCCUGGGCAGACUGCUCAGACCUCUUAGCUGAAACUGUUUUGAGCAGGAGGUUGGAAAAGAUGACCUGUUGAUAUCUCAUCAAACCCAAUUUAUCCUAUCAUCCCUUCCUCUGAAAUUGAAAAUGUGUGGAAGUACACCUUUUCUUAACAAUCAGAGUUACCAACUGUUGGAAAAGUAGGCUUUGAUUUUCCAUCACAGGUUGUCUUUUGAAGCCACAGCCUUCACAGUGAUAUUGAAUUUUCUGCUGUAAAGUUUGGUCACAUUUAGAUCAGAGGCAUCAUGAUCUCAGUACCUCUUUCAGCUGGAACCCGGCUAUCGUAGAGAAAUAUGAGGGACAGAAAGGCUUUUGGAAAGUAGCUUACCAUCCCUUCCCCAAACAUUCUGAAAAUGUGGCUUGAAUUCUGAGGGAACUAGCAGGACUGGGAUUUUCAUUCUAUUUAAAAUUAUGCUUUGGCCUUUUCAUAGGGCAGGAUAUCCAAGGGCAGCCUGUGACAAUCUAGUUCAGCUCAUUCAACCUAGUUUGGCUCCUAUUGACUUAUGUGGUAAAACUGAUAUUUUCUUAAAUGCAAGUAGAGUUAGGCUGAACAAUUUUGGAAAUCCCAUCCCAACCUGAUCAAAGGCCAAAAUUUAAACAAUCAGUGGCUCAUUCUUCACACAUACCCAACAGUCACUGAUUAUAAAUUGUUGAAGGAGACAAGCAGGAUUUGGUUAGAUCCCUGAUCUAUCUGAUAUAGGACAGUUCUGUCAGGAGAAAGUACCAGACUGAACAGAGUUAUAUUUUAAUGAUGGAAGAGGGCUGGAUCAUUAAAUUGAAACCUGGGGUAAGAGAUCCAAAACUACUUUAAGCCUCAUCACAAUUCUUGGUGAAAAAGUACUCACACACUUUGCGCUAGUUUGUUGUCACUCCCAGCACAGAAAUAGGACUGAAUGUCAUGGAGCAUUUUUGGUCCAGCCACGGAUAAACCCUUUAGCUGAGCCUUAGGCCACUUGGUGAGAUACAGCAGCUGCCACACAGAGCACAUUAAGUUUCUGAGAUUAGAUGCCUUUGGGCAGAGGGUCCUGAGCUCCAUAGUGCCAGCUGAACUACACAAUCCAUUUUCCAGGUUAUGAUCUAGACUAAAGCUUUUAGCAGCAGGCUAAUCCUGUGCAUGGGUAACACACCAGCUUCAUCAUGCUCUGGCAGUGUCUUGCUUGCUGCAUGCUCAAACUAGUACUCAGAAAAUGCCUUGGGAGCACACAAGAGCAUGGGAUGUGACUGGUUCCUGCGGUGCCUCCUGGUACUGGCCUGAUGAAAGCUAGCAAGCCCGGCUGGGUUGAACCUUCCGAUGCGUGUUUUCAGUUCUAAGAGUUCAUGUUCACAAGCGUUCUAACCUUAUAACACAACUAACUUAAUACUGUACCUUUUUGUAGUUGUUGUUGGUGGUGGUUUGUUUAUUUAGACCUGUUUGUUUGGUGUUUAAAAUACAUAUGAGUUAGCCUGAUUUUCUGUCAAAAAAAUACUCUUUUGCUCUGAACAGCUGUGUAUGUGACUGUUACCUGGAACUGUUUGUUCCUUUGUGCUUAUACUUAAUGUAAUGCCUAGAGAAACUACCUGAGCAACUACAUUGAUGUGGCCUUUCCAGAGCACCACUCUGAAAGAUUUUCUUCGCAGCCUGCUCAGCUCUGUAUAUUCAGCUGUACCACCUGCACCUUCUUUAUUUAAGGAAUGAAUUGCUAUGUCAGGGUGCACAAAAUCUGCUGGAGUCUGAUCCCAACUUUGAGAAUGCUUGGAAUUCGUCAUUUUUAGGACAAAAAUAGUGGUACAUUACUCUACGUCUGAUGGUGAUGCCUUCAUUUCUUCAAUAGCAGAUGAAUGAUGAUGCAUUUGCAUUCCAAAAGAAGCCCCCCUCCAAAAUUCCACCCCUCCCCAGCUAACCUUUUCUAUAUUUGUUUGUAAGAGGCAAGUUUUAUUACUUGCAUUUGUAAGGGCAUCAAGUAAAUUAAUGUUCUGCUGAUGAACAGAUUCCUCCUUGGCCUGUGUCCUAUAAACAGACACACAAUGUGUGAGCCUAGUUCCUCUUUAGGAUGUGAGACCAUGAGUAUGUAAAUCCUCAUAGAUAAAGCCUCAGGGGGUGUAAAACAACAUGUCUGCACUUAUGCCAACAGGGGAGUGAGUUGCAUUGAUUUACAUGAUUUAAUCCAUACACUCUGGCUCCAGAUUCUCCUUCGUUCAUCAUUUGUCAAGUCUCCCUUUACAGAUGAAACUUGUUUCAAUUAUUUGAAUGAUUUCUACCAGUUUUCUUUAUUAAGGGGUAAAUGUAGUUUGCCUAUGCAAUUUCAGCUCUCAUUUUCCUUUUUUUCUUCUUUUUUUUUUUUUUUUUUUACUUUGUUUAUCCAUGGAUUUUCAUGGAAGCAGAAAUUCUAACUAUACAUAGCAGUACAUCUUUGACACUCAUUCAGCUCCUGCUGUUACUUGUUCAUGGUCAGUGCAGCCUUCCCCAAAUGCCACAGUGAAAUUUAGCCAUAAAUUCUCAUUAGCACCAGAGAUCAGCUUGGUGACAUUUGCAGACCAUAGGUUUAUUACACAUGGUUCCAACAGAUGUAGAUGGCUUAUCAUGUGUAGAAUAAGGUGCCUGGUAUUUGAUUUAGGGGGAAACAAAAGUCCUAAUCUUCUGAUAACUUCAGGGUCAUACAUAAGAUGCAGAAAUGAAAGCUACAGAUUCCUUACCACUUCUUGUGAUAAAUUUCCUCAAGUAAUUCUGACAUGUACCUGCAAGUAGUGUUGAAUGAAAUGUUUGUGCUGUAACUCCUGUUUAAUAUUUUGUCAGUAAUGUCAGAUGUGUCGUGGCUCAGUUGGAGUGUCAGAAUAUGUAACCUAUAUACUAGUGUUCGUGGAAUUCAAAUGUCUUAAAUGUUGCAUGAAAAUAUGUUAUAAAAAUAGAUAUGUUUUCUAUUUUUGAAUACCUCAAAACUGAGGGAUAAUGGGCCAAUAAGUGCAAUAUUUAAUUAUUUACUCAGUGUAUAUAAACUUGUGUGAAAGGGAGAAGUGUCAUGUAUGUGUGAUAAGCUGUUGAUGAUGCCUGCGUGGCUUAAGAUUUCCAGUAGGUGUAUGUGUCUUGUAGUAAAAUUUAUAUAGUAAACACUUUACCAGUGUAGUGCAAGAACAUUCUUAAGUCAUUUAAACUAUUUUUCAUAUAUGAAACAAUGGUAAAAUAUAUUUGUAUGUUUACUGCAAGUGCAUGUCAAUUUUACUUUUACAGUUGUGAGUGUCCUUUUUGAAAAUUAUCUUGUUAGACCAACACAAACGGGACAGUACUUUCAGUCAGAAGAUACUUGCAACCAUUUCUAAAUUAUCUGUGUGUAUUUUUAAAGCAUGUUCUCUAGAAGCAUUAAAAGAACCUCCUAGAGAUCAGCA